AUGGGCAAUGGAGACUCGAAGCCCGCCGGUGGCGGCGUUCCGUCUCGGAAACGGAGAAAGGAAUCCCCGUUGCUGCUACCGCAGGAGGAGAGUCCUGGCAAAGCCCGGCACGGUCAAGGGACACCCUUGCUAGGUCCGGCGGAGAGAUCGGAGCGUCGAUUUCUCCGCAACUACGACCUGGACGACGGCAUUACCCAGGGCGGCGGUAUCCCCGGCGGCGGUGGUGGAAGGGGCAGGGGAGCCCACAGUGGUGGCGGGGGUGGUGGCGGGGGUGAACGGGACGGGGGCAACGAUGGAGUGGCCGACAUUGACCAAACUAUCGACCGCUAUGACUACCUCAUCGCCUUCCCACACCCGCGGGAACAGGCGGCUCGGGCGGGGGGUCGUGGGAGACGCAGCGAGUUGUCGGCGGUCGGCGACGGAGAAGGGAGCGACGACUCCGAUAGCGACACCGGCGGGUUCGAAGCCGCCCAACGCAUCACCUUGACGGAGGUAAACGACAUCUGGUACUCCGCCGUGCCCGGGGACGAGGUGACCAAGACCGCGGCGAAGGAAAGCCUCGCCAGGGAGUGGGAGGCAAGGUUCCGGACGCCAAGCGCCGACUCCGAGGAGGUGUCCAUAUCUCAGUCGGAGUGGGUCAGACUGGCACGGGAAGUCAUCGUCAACACGCUCUUUGAGAAAUCUGGACUGCAGCUGAAGCUCACCCUUUCGAGGCAUGGAGAUAAGGUUCUCUGCCGGAUACGCGCUCCGAUCGUUCUCUUAGAGAGACAAGCAGCGAGGGAGAGCUACCGACUACAAUUCAGGGGGGAGGUGGACCCUGGCGAGACUUUCUGGACGGAGGACGAGAUCGCGGAGGAGCUGAGGCUUUACGGGAAGGACGAGGCCAACGAGACCCUGGAGAAGCUCUUUCAGGCGGAAAAAAUUAGCCCGAACGAUCUGGCAGUCUUCGAUGAGGAGGUCGCGCCGAACCAGUGGAGCCGACGAACGCACGCCUUGGAGCGCAUCGCUGAUAGGGUGCCGGUUGUGAAUCGCUUUCCUGCUUACGCUGAGUACACCAACGACGACAAGCAUCGCCACCUCUUUCAGACGUACCCGAGUAUCCGCGGGCGCACGAUUUUUCGGGCCAAGGACCGGCUAGCGCUGACGAAGGGCAUCAUCGACAGCUUUUUCGACAUGGGAGUGUUGCAGGCGAGGGGAAUUGUCGAUGCAGUGUGCGCCCUGCACGAUGCAAACCGGGGAGAGGUCAUCACUAAAGAGGUUUUGCAGAAAAGGUGGACUUUGGGGUUCUGGCGGGAGAGAAGCGAUCGAAUCGGCGCCCCCAUGCUCAGCAUGCAGAUGAUGGACCACGGCAAUUCCGCGCCGUGGUUCCUCCAGCUAUUCUGUCAGCCGCUCGACGAUAUCCGUGGCUACUUCGGGGAAAAAAUGGCCUUCUACUUCGCCUGGCUAGGUUUUUACGCGUGGGCACUGAUCGUGCCGGCCUUGUACGGGGUCGGGAUAGAGAUCUACAUCCUCGUGAAGGGGAUCACGUUCGAAGAGUCAGGGUGGACGUUCUCCCAGGUGUCCAUGGCGGUGGGGAUCGUGUUGUGGAGCGUCAUCUACCAAGAGCUGUGGGAUCGUGAAGAAAAAGUGAUCGCGGUCAAGUGGGGCACCUCUGGCUUCGAGGAGAUCGAAAAGGACAGACCGAACUUCGAGGGCGACAAAGACAGCCCUGGGGGUGGUCGACGUCGCUCCCCGGUAACGAACACUUUCCAGACCUACUAUCCGGAGCACAAGCGAAAGAUUCGCCAAGUGCUAGGGCUGGUGGUAGUCCUCCUGUUCGUCGCGGGCUUGCUCUUGCUCGUCGGCCUAGUGGAAUGGCUGGAGCACUACCUCGAAACCGACCUCGGCUACACGUGGGCAGGCUACGCAACGAGUUUCCUGGCGUCCCUUCAAAUCCAGUUCCUCUCUUUUGUCUACUCCCGCGUGGUGAAGAGGCUGAACGACUUCGAGAACUACCGCACGGAGACAGACUACGAGAAUAACCUCAUCUUCAAGACAUUCCUCUUUCAGAUGUUCAACAACUACUCCGCCCUGUGCUACACGGCCUUUAUUGAGGAGCAAAUCUACGGAUGUACCGACUCAUGCAUAUAUGAGGUGCGAUUGCUGCUGGUCGCCAUCUUCGCCGUCCGCUUCAUCAUGGUUGGCAUGGAGGUCAUCAUUCCCCUCGUUACGUCACGCAUGCUGGACGCAGCCGCUAAGGGCAAGGGCAGGGGAAUCGAGCAGGCCGACGAGGAUCGUCACCGAAGUAGCGCUGUCGCCGGUGGCGAAGGGCGCGGAGGACGCGGCAGGGCGGCGGACGGGGCAGAGGAGGAUGUUAGCGGGAAGGGAGGAGAGGAAGAGCCCAUAGAGGCGGAACUGCGACUUCCUGAGUACGGCGGACCGUUCUCGGACUACUCGGAGAUAGUGCUGCAGUAUGGCUACAUCACCAUGUUCCCGUCGGCGCUGCCCAUUGUGACGUUCUUCGCCAUCGCGGAGGUCUUGCUCCAGAUAAGGACAGACAGCUACAAGAUGGUGUCCCUCAUGAGGAGACCGGAUGCUGAAAUGGCGGAGGGAGUGGGGAUGUGGUCCACCCUGAUGGAGGCCAUGGGCUUCCUGGCGGUGCUUACCAACACAGCCAUCAUUUGCUUCACGGGGGGCACCUUACAAGACGAAUUUGUUGUUGAGAAGCAUCUUCACGGGUUUGUUCAGGACGGUGGGGGUGAAACGCAGGGUCCAGGGGGGGAGGCCCAGCACAGGGGAAACUUGGACAUCGUGGGCCUUCAGUUUGACGGGAAACAGCGCGGGAGGCAGCUCUCUCCGGGGGCUUCCGCGCAGCUGGGACGCCUAAGAACAGAGCUUCGCGACGUCACCAGGAGCCUCAAGAUUGUCAAGGAGCAGCUGCAGGGAGCAUACCAGCACGAGACCUUCAACGAGCAGACGGGGAUAGGCGAGACCAAGCACGGCCUGCCGUUGGGAUGCCUCAACAUCAAGCUUAUUCGCCUCGAUGGCAUGGAAGGGGACCCCCAUGCCACAACGAUCGUCAUUUCCCUGCGCAACUCCCGGCAGGGCGACAAAACGCCCCCGGGACCCGCACUCCAAGCCAGCCGUCCCGCCGAACGGGGGAGCCGCACCCCCGCCCCCCCCGGCCGCGGCGGGGACAGCGCAGCGUCAACCGUUGCCGGGAUGGUCUUCAGCCAGGUGUUUGUGAUGGCGCCGAUACGCUCGCAGGACGCAGAGCUUGUCUUCGACGUGACGCAGGCGAGGCACUCGGGGUCCUCUUCUAUGUCCAGGGGGGGCGGAGAUGCUAAGGGGGGGGGGAGCAGUAGUGCCGGGGCCCCGAAGAGAGCCGGGACGUGCCGGGUCUCGCUGAGGGAGCUGGCGGACCAGAGGGAGCACGAUUUGCCGCUUACCGUGCUCAAAAAGGCGAACAACCGGUGGGUACCGUCGCCUGCAAGGCUAUACGUGAAGGUCAAGUUCAUGUACAGUAAGGUUGUGCCACUCAGGAACCGCAUCUACGCGCUCCAAGACCGGAAGCGAUCGGUGGAGAAGGAGAUGACUCUGCUGCAAAUCGGGGGCGGGACCGGAGGAGCGGGGGAUGAAGCUUGA